AUGCAUCAAUGUUCGAACCAAAAUGCACCUAUCAUUGGUUAUUCUCAAGAACUACUUGUAUCACUUAUUGAAGCUUGUAAACCAUUGGUCGAUAUUGUUUACAAUAUUUUGACAUACGCUACUAUAGCUCUAGAAAAUACUCCAGCUAUUCCACCCAAUAAACUGACUCGUGAUGAGUCAGCUGCCAUUCGUCUUUAUACAAUGGAAUGGCACAAUGAACAAAUGAGUCUUUAUUUCAUUCUAAAUCGCACUCUUCAGUACGAUAAUCGUGAAAAACUUCGACCUUGGUUCAAAUAUCUCAAACUUUUUCUCUCUGCUCUGGUUAAAAUACCAUGUGCACCUGUACAAACUGUUUGGCGCGGUGUUCGAAGUAAUGUUAGUAAUGAAUUUCCUCCUGGUACUCAAGUAACAUUGUGGAAGUUCACAUCAUGCACAACAUCGCUUACAGUAUUAGAGAACGAUAACUAUUUAGGAAGUGUAGGUGAAAGAACUCUUUUCUCUAUCGAAGUCAUAAACGGUAGAAGCAUACGAGCACAUUCGGCUUUCGGCACUGAGGAUGAAAUUUUAAUGCUUCCGUGUACAUCAAUGAAAGUACAAUCACAAUUUAUUCCUGCAGCUGAUUUACAUAUUAUUCAUCUAAAACAAAUCAUACCAGAUGAAAUGCUAUUAGAACUUCCAUUUGAAGGUAUGUGA